GCCAUUCUGAGCCGUCAAUGAGGAUUUUUUUGUUUGAUAAUUGCGCACUGCUCAUGGCUUAGGAUGAAAGAGCUCGUCUGGCUUCUCUGAAUGGGACGUGAAACAUGUUAGACAUUCUUGGGUUUCAAUGGAGGGGCCGAGAAUGAAACAGGAGAAGGAAAAGCCUGGGAAAACAGUCAGGUUCAGAGUAGCAUCUGCCAACAGCGGCCGGGUCUUGGCGGAGGUGUUCAAGGAUGAGAGGGUCUGGUGCGGCUCGGUGUCCGACUCGGUGGACUCGGACUGCACCAGCAGCCCGGAGGCCGAGCAGGGCGGCCCUCUGCCCACCAGUGAGGCCAACAGCCACCUGAGCGGCCUGCCGGUGGAGGCUGCCGCCGACGAGAACGGCUGCGAACCCGAUGACCUGCUUUUGUACGCCAGUGCCAAGAGGGAGAUGUUCUUCAGCAACAAGAGGAUCAACAUCUGCAGCAAGAACGGGACCAUACGAGGAGUGAGGAACAAGGUGAGCGCAGGCCAAGUGCUUUUCAACAACCUCUCCAAUGUGUACACGGGUUCCCUUCGUCAUCAGAAAAGGAGACCCUGGGAAAAGGAGUAACCCGUGUGAAAUUUCACACACUGUGGCCAACAGGGAGAAAAAGCCCUGAGGCUGAAGAUUGUCUUGCAGUUUUCUCUACACCAGGAUUCUUCACUUAAUAUACAGGUUAAAAACAUAUCCUUCAGUGACUCCUCUUUUAUUUUGAAAGCUUUACACAGCUUUAGUCUGUGCACAUUCAUGUUUUUAGAGUGAUCCCUCUGAUACGGAUAAAAAACAAUGCAGCAAAUAAUGCACAACAGCAUAGUUGUCGACACAUUUAACCCUCUGAAAUGAACCAGAUAAACUUUUCAUACCUGCUGCUAAGCCGUUUUACAUCCAUUUGUCUCAAUAAAGACAAUUAUACACAACUCAAACAACUAAACAACCUGAGGAGAUGCUGUGACACUUUAAAAGGGUUCUAAAAAGGCUUUUGUAUCAUUUUUUAAGAUGUUGUAAGCUUAAUUGUGACCCAGAUUUUCACAUGAUUUUGAUAUUUGGUGAGGUCUUUUCCAUGGCGUGUAGCUGAAUUAUGUGCAUAUGUGUUUUUUUUUGUAAGCAUUUUGUAACUCGACUGAAUGUGUUUCUUACUAUGUUGAACAUAUAAUUCACAUAUUCCGUAAAUGUUACCCAUACAGAACUUCAUCUGACUGUUUAUUGCUAUUGUACUGCACUAGAUUUUAUGCUUGAUAUAUGGGUUUGGAGACACUUAGUUCAAUACAUUUCACAUGUUGUAUAACAUAGUGUAAUAUUACCCCUGUGGCUGGUAGUAUCCAUGAUUAUUUAACAAGUAACUCAGAAUUGUACUGAUAAAAAGUAAUCAAUUACAUUUUUGCAAGCAUCGUACCAAAGUACAGUUCUGAAGUACUGAAAUAUAUUCUACUUUAUACUUCCACUUCAUUACAUUUUAGAGAGAAAUAUUGCACUUUGUUCUCCACUACAUUUAUCUUGCAGCUUUAUUUCUUUUAACCUUCCUAUUGUCCUCAUUUACAGGCACCAAAAAAUGUUGUUUCCUUGUCUGAAAAAAAAUCCAAAAAUUCAGCAAAAAAAUUCCCCAAAUUUCUGAAAAUUUGCAAAACCUUCAGGAAUAAAAUUCCAAAAAUUCCUUAAAAGUUUCCCUUAAAAGUUUUAUUUAAAAAAAAAA